UGCGUCUGAUUGGCGGCUGAACUUUAGGUGGCUGAAGGUGGUACCUUGGAGAGCGGCGAGCAGCGCUCACUACACCAGAGUCCCGCUGAAGCGCCAUGCCUCGUUUUACUAUCCACAUCCGAGAUGAGUGGCUGGCAGUGCCCUGCCGGGAUACCACCAACACCAUCCGGUGGCUCGGACAUGAAGCUCUUAAACGUUACACGAAGAACAAACCAGACAACGGCGGCAUCACGGCUGUAAAGGACGCUCGUUUUGUUGUGCGCAGGUGCCAGGGCUCGGGUUUGUUGGACGCAGAUGACACCAUCGAGGAUGUACUGGUAGAUAAUGACUUCGUCGAGCUUGGUAAUGACCAUAUGGAUUUGAAAUCUAUUGAAGGCGACACCAUGUCUCCUGACUUUAUUCCGUGUGAGCCUGGAGUUUCUCAUCUUACAGCAGCAUACAGAGAACCUGGAGAAUAUAUUUCCUUGGAUGGCAACAGCCUGACAUCGACAGAUCUGGUCAACUUAGGAAGGGGACUCUACAAGAUAAAGCUGACUCUGGAGGCAGAAAGUAAAGUUGUGCAAUCCAGAGAGCUUUUGGACACCAUUGUCAAAGAAAACAAAGUUGUCUAUGGAAUCACAACAGGUUUUGGCAAAUUUGCUCGAACAGUCAUUCCUGUCAGCAAGCUCAAGGAGCUGCAGGAGAACUUGGUGCGGUCACACUCAGCAGGUGUGGGAAACCCGCUAAGUCCAGAAAGGACCCGCAUGCUGCUCGCUCUGAGGAUCAAUGUUCUGGCCAAAGGGCACAGCGGAAUUUCUCUGGAAACCCUUCAUGCCAUGAUCCAAGCCUUCAACGCUUCCUGCCUCUCCUUUGUCCCAGAGAAGGGAACAGUGGGUGCUAGUGGAGACCUGGCACCCCUUUCUCACCUGGCUCUGGGGCUGAUGGGAGAGGGUAGAAUGUGGUCUCCCAAGAGCGGAUGGGCAGAUGCCAAAUAUGUCCUGGAGGCCCAUGGACUGAAGCCAAUAUCACUAAAGCCUAAAGAGGGUCUUGCUCUGAUCAACGGGACCCAGAUGAUCACCUCUCUGGGGGCGGAGGCCGUGGAGCGAGCCCAGGCCAUUGCUCGACAGGCAGACAUCAUUGCUGCUCUGACCCUGGAGGUGCUAAAGGGAACCACCAAGGCCUUUGACAGUGACAUCCAUUCGCUGCGUCCCCACCCAGGACAGAUAGAGGUGGCCCAACGCUUCCGCUCACUGCUGGACUCUGACCACCAUCCAUCACAAAUUGCAGAGAGCCAUCGGUUCUGUGACAGAGUCCAGGAUGCCUACACCAUGCGAUGCUGUCCUCAGGUUCAUGGAGUCUGCAAUGACACAAUACAAUUUGUCCAGAACAUCAUCAAUACAGAAAUCAACAGUGCCACUGACAAUCCUAUGGUAUUUGCGGAAAGAGGUGAGACUAUUUCAGGUGGGAAUUUCCAUGGUGAAUACCCAGCUAAGGCUCUGGACUUUUUAGCCAUUGCAGUCCAUGAGCUGGCCUCUAUCAGUGAGAGGAGGAUCGAAAGGCUGUGUAACCCCUCUUUGAGUGAGCUGCCUGCCUUCCUCGUAAACGAGGGAGGACUCAACUCAGGCUUCAUGAUUGCUCAUUGCACUGCUGCUGCCUUGGUUUCAGAGAAUAAAGUUUUGUGUCAUCCAUCUUCUGUGGACUCAUUGUCCACCAGUGCUGCCACAGAGGACCAUGUGUCCAUGGGAGGCUGGGCUGCUAGGAAGGCCCUGAGGGUCGUGGAGCAUGUGGAGCAAGUUCUUGCUAUAGAGCUGUUGGCAGCCUGUCAAGGUAUUGAGUUCCUCCGCCCACUUCGUACCACCACUCCAUUGGAGAAGGUCUAUGAACUUGUGCGCAGUGUGGUCAAACCAUGGAUUAAAGACAGAUUCAUGUCACCAGACAUUGAAGCUGUUCACCGUCUUCUACUUGACCAGAAGGUGUGGAAUGUGGCCAAACCUUAUAUUGACAAGUAUCAGACAGAGUACAUCCCCGAGUCCCGUCCUGUCUCUCCUACUGCCUUCUCUCUGGAGUCUCCGGCAUCCCCGAGGAAGCGUGUUCGUCUUGAAUGAAAGCAUGUCCAGUUUUAGUUAUUUUGCAAUAACUAAAAUUCAAAAACAUUUAUUGAGACUUUUGUGGAUUUGAAUGAAAACCAACCAAAAUAUUUGAUUGAAGAUUGCAGAUUGAUUUGAAGAUGCAAUGUUGUUUUGACCCUUGUAGACUAAAUUAAAACUUUGAUUUCUGAUGUUUUUAAUCCUUGAAGUUAUCCUGGUAACUUAAGAACUGGGUUUACUAUAUUUCUCUAGUAAUUAUUGGGAGUUAACUUGCGCAUAGCCUGCCCUACACCACUGUGCUCUAGAGUUGUAUUUAUCUGAACUUUUGUAGUCCCUUUAAAAUGUUAAUUUAGUUUUUAUUACCACAUGACUACCUCAGCCAUUGUACCAUUUUCAUAUCAAAUAUUUUUAAUGAUGUAGCACAAACAUUACUAUGAUUAAAUGUUGUUUUUUUUGUGUAAUUAUAUUUGAAAUCUUAAAUGAUUGUCAUCUACACAUUCCCAACAGACAAUACAACAAUAAAAGUUUUUAAAGCUG